GCGCGUUUUGCAGCAUUUUUGAGUCGAGUUGACUGUUGUUCAUUGCAUCGUUCGCUCGUGUAGGUGAUUGACGUCGUUAAUCCUGGUAUAAGAGUGUUCACUUCACAGCUUUGUAGACUGCAUUCCAUGCCUGCCAUCAACGGAACAGGCAACGGUUCCCAACUGGAAAUGGCAUCCUUCAGGGUUGCCGGGUGCUCCGACGCCCUCGACUGGAGGCCAAUGCUGUUCCAAGAACCCAUCAUUGCGCAGAGAGCCUGUGCCCUGUGCGGCGUCGUGUACAAGAAAGCAGUCAGGCUUCCCUGCGUACACACACUGUGCACAAAGUGCCAUGCUGAGUGCGUCGAACGAGGAAGCGCUUGUCCCGUCGACCAGAAACCGUUCUGCGAAGAUGACGUUGAAGAGCUGGACGUCUCUCCCAAGUAUCUCCUGAACCGUACGGUUGCCUGCUGGAAUGCACCUAAAGGCUGCAACUUCAUUGGCACUGCAGCCAGCCUGUUGGACCACUACAAGGAGUGCGGCUUCAGCGUCGUGCCUUGCUGCCUGUGCCGCUCUUCAGUGUUUCAGUGUGACAUUUUGGAGCACUUCAAGAGUGGAUGCAGCAUUCGCGGAGCAAAGUGUGUGCCUCCCGACAACCUUGCCACAGGAGACCUCAAGGACGUCGGCAGUGCUUGUCUCGAGAUGAAGAGAGCCACGGGAAAGAUCUCCGAGGACCUCAUGUCGCUGCAGACCAGCCUGAACCGGUGCAGCGAAGACGUCAGGGCGGAGGGUGCAAGAUGCAAGGGCCAAUUGGAGGCUGAGGCUUCCAAGCUUGCUGAACAGCUCAACAGCCUUAACACUGUCUGCACCACUGGUUUUGCCAAAGAACUGCAGGUUCUUCAGGCAGCGAUGGCAGACUACAAAGACCAUGUGAGCAAGCAGCUGCGUUUGCGAAGCAGUUGUAAGCCUGUGAGGGUCCACUGGUUCAUUGAGGGGUGGGCAGACCUAAAGAAGAAAGCACUUGAGGUGGGGUUGCAUUCGUUAAAUAGUCCCACAAUGACCAUUUACGGUUAUAGUGUCUCCCAAGUUUUUAAACUUUGUCUAAAGGAAGGUAACGACCGGAUUGGGUGCUUCAUGCGGAUACACCCCGGGAAACAGGACCUGGAGCUGGAAUGGCCCUUUCGCAAGGUUUACAGGGUUGGUGUCAUUCACCCCAAAGACCAAUCAAAUGUGAUUUCAUGCACGGUAAAUCCUGGUAACGGUGAAGAUGAACACCAGCAAUGCUACCUGAGGCCCAAAGAAAACCCAAAUGUUGCAUGUGGAGCAGACCUGACAACAGCCGAGAAGCUUGAAACGGGUGGGUUUGUACAAAGCAAUACGCUCCACGUGUUCUUAGAGGUAGAGCCCUAAUCUCUCCAUAUUUGCCAUACCCUAAUUAGGGUUAAGCAGGUACUGGUUUGUUUAGCUUUGCAACAUGAACUUUUAACUUUUUUGAGAGCCCGCUAUAGGAAAAGCAUUGUGACUGUUUUACUUUCCUUGUGCGUAACAUUACAGUGUGCUGUUUAGAAAAAUGUUGCUUUGUGAGGUGGUGUUUUAACUUGAAUUAACCAUGUUAGUU